AUGAAGGAAGAUAUCAAGAAACUCGAAUCUCAUCGCCAGAUCCGUCUAGAUAUCCGUCAAAGGGCUAUUUCCACAUGGGUGCGAGACGUGCUUAACAAAGACACAGAACGCCGGAAAGAGGAAAUCCGCAGACUGAGCAAGAAUAUUAUCCACAACCCACAGCCACCUUUGGAGGUCGACGGCGGAACCGAAUGGGAGGUGGCAGAGAUUAUUGACUCUCGUCUUUUCCGCAACAAGGGGUUGCAAUACCGUGCCAGAUGGGUUGGUGUCGAAGAUAACGCAUGGUAUCCAGCCGGGGAUUACAAGAAUUCCACGCGUGCUAUCCUGGAUUUCCACCGACGAUACCCCUUAAAACCGGGGCCGUCCGUACGACUACCAUAUUGGGUGGAGGCUGCGGAACGUGAUAAAUUCGCCGUCGAUCAUACGGAUGACAACAGGACUGGAUGA